UGAAAGGAAGCGACUUUGUGACUAAGCGGAGGCAGGAACAUCAUGGCACAAGGGCAUGCUUUGCACGCCCAGCUGGGCCCACGGUGGACGGCACAGCUGCUGCACUCAGAGCAGCCCCGAGACAGGCAGCUGCAGCCCAGGGCCCUUGCAGAAGCUUCCCCGGGGCCUCGUGCUGAGAGAACUGUGCGCUCCAGAGGGCACCUGGCUGUCAUGCACACGUGCUCACACACGAACACACACACCUACAUGUGCUCACACUCACGCUCCGUGCACACACGUAUGCACACACUCAUGCACGUGUGCACACGCGUCUACCAGCAGAGUGCAGUAAAAGAACCACAUGAAAACCUUGCACCCUGGUUAAAAGCAUGGUGACAACACGGACGGACAAACUCGAAAAGAUGGGAAGAAACCUCAAGCCCAGGAUCUGGCAGCACAAAGGUGCCUGGAAAGCGGCAAUCAGCGUUUUUAUAUUCAGGGAAGUUAGGAACACUGCCACCCACCCACCAGGCCGGCGCCCAUGCCAGACCCAGCCAAGGUACUUCCGGCCACAUCACCCCUGCCGGCCGGCAGGGAGCUGGCCCAGGAGCCGAGAGUCCUGUGGGAGCAAGCAGGUCUUGCUGCGGUGACAGCGGAGAGGAGAGGCUGGGCUUCAUUGCCAGGCAGCCCCCACCAUUCAAGUCCUCCUGCUACCGACAGCCAUGUGGCCUCAGAGCGGCGUCACCCUGAAGCUUGUCCCGGCUGGGGCCUGACAGCAGGUAAAGGCUGACUAGCGACUCUGGAUCCCUCAGAGUGUGGGGGAAGGUGCAUGUGGUCCCACCUCCAUAUCCAGGGUCCCCUUGCUGGCCUCUGGGCAUUUGGGUCCUGGGUGUGCUUACCCAGCCCUCUCUCCCUGCACAGGGUAAACUUUGUCUCCCGGAGGCAGGGCCAGGGCCCCACCACCUCCCCAGCACACGCGAGCCCAGGUCUCGGCUCCCAGGAGGGCCUGGGGCCGCCUGUGGGACCAACCCAAACCCUCAGGCAGCUCCGCUGGCAAAAAGUGUCAUGCUGUGUGUGGGAUCACCUCCUCAGGGAAUUAGUUCUCAGGGCUUGGUCUGCUGGAAGCCAAAUGCCUGUGCCCAAUCGCCCAUGACCCCUGCAACAGGCAGGAGGUCCCCCAGUGGUUACUCCCAGCCCUCAUUCCACGGGGCCUGGUUUUCCCGGAAGGUGGGAAGUCCCGGGGUCUGAGCAGAGGGAGCGCAGGCCCCCGUUUGUGGGAGUGAGUCAGCUGACCCGCCCCCGGGGUUCCUAAUCUCACUAAGAAAGACUUUGCUGAGGACAGGGUUUUCCCGGGAGUCCAUGCGUGCCUGGAGCAGCAGCGUCUCCAGGGACAGGCAGCCACCAUGAGCCUCAGUGAGGAGCAGGCCCGGAGCUUUCUCGACCAGAACCCUGAUUUCGCCCGCCAGUACUUUGGGAAGAAACUGAGCCCCGAGAAUGUGGCCGCGGCCUGCGAGGACAGGUGCCCGCCGGACUGCAACAGCUUCCGGGAGCUCUGCCAGGUGGAGGAGAGCGAGGCGCUGCUGGAGCUGGUGCAGGACAUGCAGGAGAACAUUAACAUGGAGCGCGUGGUCUUCAAGGUCCUGCGGCGCCUCUGCACCCUCCUGCAGGCCGACCGCUGCAGCCUCUUCAUGUACCGCCAGCGCAACGGUGUGGCCGAGCUGGCCACCAGGCUCUUCAGCGUGCAGCCAGACAGCGUCCUGGAGGACUGCCUGGUGCCCCCUGACUCCGAGAUCGUCUUCCCGCUGGAUAUUGGGGUCGUGGGCCAUGUGGCUCAGACCAAGAAGAUGGUGAAUGUCAAGGACGUGGCCGAGUGUCCUCACUUCAGCUCAUUUGCUGACGAGCUCACUGACUACAAGACAAAGAAUAUCCUGGCCACACCCAUCAUGAAUGGCAAAGACGUCGUGGCGGUGAUCAUGGCGGUGAACAAGCUCAACGGCCCAUUCUUCACCAGCGAAGACGAAGACGUGUUCUUGAAGUACCUGAAUUUCGCCACAUUGGACCUGAAGAUCUAUCACCUGAGCUACCUCCACAACUGCGAGACGCGCCGCGGCCAGGUGCUGCUGUGGUCGGCCAACAAGGUGUUUGAGGAGCUGACGGACAUCGAGAGGCAGUUCCACAAGGCCUUCUACACAGUGAGGGCCUACCUCAACUGCGAGCGCUACUCCGUGGGCCUCCUGGACAUGACCAAGGAGAAGGAAUUUUUUGACGUGUGGCCUGUGCUGAUGGGAGAGUCCCAGCCGUACUCAGGCCCACGCACACCGGAUGGCCGGGAAAUCGUCUUCUACAAAGUGAUCGACUACAUCCUCCACGGCAAGGAGGAAAUCAAGGUCAUUCCCACACCCCCAGCCGAUCACUGGGCCCUGGCCAGCGGCCUUCCAAGCUACGUGGCGGAAAGCGGCUUUAUUUGUAACAUCAUGAAUGCUUCUGCUGAUGAAAUGUUCAAAUUUCAGGAAGGGGCCCUGGAUGACUCCGGGUGGCUCAUCAAGAAUGUGCUAUCCAUGCCCAUUGUCAACAAGAAGGAGGAGAUCGUGGGGGUCGCCACCUUUUACAACAGGAAAGACGGGAAGCCCUUUGACGAACAGGAUGAGGUUCUCAUGGAGUCCCUGACACAGUUCCUGGGCUGGUCAGUGAUGAACACCGACACCCACGACAAGAUGAACAAGCUGGAGAACCGCAAGGACAUCGCACAGGACAUGGUCCUUUACCACGUGAAGUGCGACAGGGACGAGAUCCAGCUCAUCCUGCCAACCAGAGCACGCCUGGGGAAGGAGCCUGCUGACUGCGAUGAGGACGAGCUGGGCGAAAUCCUGAAGGAGGAGCUGCCAGGGCCCACCACGUUUGACAUCUACGAAUUCCACUUCUCUGACCUGGAGUGCACUGAACUGGACCUAGUCAAAUGUGGCAUCCAGAUGUACUACGAGCUGGGCGUGGUCCGAAAGUUCCAGAUCCCUCAGGAGGUCCUGGUGCGGUUCCUGUUCUCCAUCAGCAAAGGGUACCGGAGAAUCACCUACCACAACUGGCGUCACGGCUUCAACGUGGCCCAGACGAUGUUCACACUGCUCAUGACCGGCAAACUGAAGAGCUACUACACAGACCUGGAGGCCUUCGCCAUGGUGACAGCUGGCCUGUGCCAUGACAUCGACCACCGUGGCACCAACAACCUGUACCAGAUGAAGUCCCAGAACCCCUUGGCUAAACUCCACGGCUCCUCGAUUUUGGAGCGGCACCACCUGGAGUUUGGGAAGUUCCUGCUCUCCGAGGAGACCCUGAACAUCUACCAGAACCUGAACCGGCGGCAGCACGAGCACGUGAUCCACCUGAUGGACAUCGCCAUCAUCGCCACGGACCUGGCCCUGUACUUCAAGAAGAGAGCGAUGUUUCAGAAGAUCGUGGAUGAGUCCAAGAACUACGAGGACAAGAAGAGCUGGGUGGAGUACCUGUCCCUGGAGACCACCCGGAAGGAGAUCGUCAUGGCCAUGAUGAUGACAGCCUGCGAUCUCUCUGCCAUCACCAAGCCCUGGGAAGUCCAGAGCAAGGUCGCACUCCUUGUGGCUGCUGAGUUCUGGGAGCAAGGUGACUUGGAAAGGACAGUCUUGGAUCAGCAGCCCAUUCCUAUGAUGGACCGAAACAAGGCGGCCGAGCUCCCCAAGCUCCAAGUGGGCUUCAUAGACUUCGUGUGCACAUUCGUGUACAAGGAGUUCUCCCGUUUCCACGAAGAGAUCCUGCCCAUGUUCGACCGACUGCAGAACAACAGGAAGGAGUGGAAGGCACUGGCUGAUGAGUACGAGGCCAAAGUGAAGGCUCUGGAGGAGGAGAAGAAGGAGGAGGAGAGGGUGGCGCUCAAGAAAGUAGGCACAGAAAUCUGCAAUGGCGGCCCAGCACCCAAGUCUUCAACCUGCUGUAUCCUGUGAGCACCAGCCUGCGGGGACCCGAUGGCUCCCUCAGUCUUCACCCACUAGGAUGUGGGUUCUGCCUGUGGCCAUUUGCUACCAGAGGUUAGGAAGUCCAAGAAAAUGACUGAAGAUCAUUUUGGAUAUUUUAAUUACUAUUAUUAUUUUUUUUGAGAUGGAGUCUUGCUCUGUCACCCAGGCUGGAUGGAGUGCCCUGGCACAAUCUCAGCUCACUGCAACCUCUAACUCCCAGGUUCAAGCGAUUCUCGUGCCUCAGCCUCCUGAGUAGCUGGGACUACAGGCGCCGCCACCACACGCAGCUAAUUUUUGUAUUUUCAGUACAGAUGGGGUUUCACCAUAUUGGGCAGGCUGGUCUCAAACUCCUGACCUCAGAUGAUCACCCCGCCUCAGCUUCCUGAAGUGCUGGGAUUACAGGCAUGAGCCACCAUGCGUGUUUUUAUAAACUGAAGCCAACUGUGAAUAAAUUGUAGCUUACAUUACUCAUCGUUUUUGGAUAGUUACCACUGGGAGGUCUUUGAAAAGGGUCCAUGCAUGAACUCUGAAAUCACUGAGAACAUUUGCAGCCACACAUGUACAUAUGUGUAUACAGGUAGACAGAUGGACACAGGUCAUUUCUCAUCUGGUUUAGAAAAACACACAUGCUCAGAAAUUCAGAAUAAAAUAAACAGAAAACCACUUGCCCAUUAUUUGUGGUAAAAUGAUAGCAGAAGCCACACUACAUUUGACCCAUCAGAAAAAUUCUGCCAGAAAGGUCAAGGCCACAGGUAGAGCGGCCAUCCAACUUCA